CCGCAAAUUCCUCGCAACGCCAGAGCUCUUGCGGUGGCAGCUGGUUCUAUAACUGGAGCGGCGUGCCUGGCCGCCAUUAACACUGCAACAACAGCAGCGCGUCCCUUCACGCAUCCACUCAUAGACACGUCACUAGCCUGUGCUGCUCCUGCCGCUGCGCUGCCGUAGCUGUCGUUCGGUCGCCUGCCUGAUUGCCUCGUCUCAGUGGAGAGGAGAGAGAAGCUAAUCAGAGCCAUGGAUUACUGGAAGUCCAAGGUGCUGCCCAAGAUGAGGCACGUCUUCGUCAAGACCGGCGGCAAGAAGGCCGCCGCCGCCGCCGAGCUCGUCAAGUCCUUCGACGAGUCCAAGGAUGGGAUCAACAGUGAGUUCGACGAGAAGAAGGCAGAUCUCCAGCCUAAGGUCGUCGAGAUCUACGAGUCUGCUCCUGCACCACUCAAGGUUCUGAUCAAGGAAAGGACUAAGGUGUCCGGGAUCAAGAAGAACUCGGCCGCCAUCACCAAGUUCUUCGAAGAUCUUGCCAAGAUCGAAUUCCCUGGAGCCAAGCAAGUGAGCGAGGGCAUCUCCAAGGUCGGCUCGACCCUGCUGUCCGGUCCCAUCUUCGCCACGUUCGAGAAGGUCUCCACGUUGCUCCCUGUCGCCGCAGAGGAGGCACCCAAGGAGGCUCCAGCGGCCGCCGCCGAGGAGGUGGCCACGAAGGAAACCGCUGCCGAGGAGAAGAAAGAGGAAGCGGCCGGUGAGAAGAAAGAAGAAGAAGCCGAGGAGGAGAAAAAAGACGAGGCACCUGCCCCGGCCGAGGAGGCGGCUGUCGCCGCUGAGAGUGCUCCCCAUGCUGAAGCCUCUGCUGCCGCUGAGCCAGCUGCAAAGGCAGCGCCGACAGAGGAAGCUGCUGCCCAGGCUGAGCCGGCGCCGGAGCCGGCGAAGGCCGUGGAGGAGACAACCAAGGCUUAGCUAGGGUUCAGGUUCAUCUUGCAGCCCCUAGCUAGCUAGAGAGAUCGGCUUCGUCGCACAACUAUGUUCUAUCACCACCCUCGUUGUUCUACAUACAUAUAUGCACAAUCUUUUGUUGCUGGAUCUGUUCCUGUGCAUUACGGUUAGAAGUGUAUGCAAGCGUAUAAUUUUUUGUCUGUACUUAUUCAUAUGCAGUGUGAGAAUAUGUAUGGCGUCUGUAUAUUAUUGCUAGUUUUGGUUUGGACUCAAUUAUUGGUUACGUUUCAUGAUUGAUCAAUACAUGCACCAAGAAAUUUCAGCAACA